AUGUUUGUCCAUGUGUCUGCUCCUCUACGUCGUGCAGCCUUAACCACUGUUAAUGCUACCCGCAAUGCCAGCACUAUCCAGUCCAUUCAUGCGCGUGAGAUUAUUGAUAGUCGUGGAAAUCCGACAGUGGAGGUAGAUCUGACGCUGUCAACCAGUUCCGAGAUCUUCCGUGCGUCGGUGCCCUCAGGUGCUUCCACAGGUAUUCACGAGGCCGUAGAACUACGUGAUGGUGGUAAGCGAUAUGCUGGCAAAGGUGUACAGCAGGCCGUGCAAAAUGUCAAGAGUGUGCUCGCCCCAAAGCUCAUUGGCGAGGACCCAACGAAACAGCGUGACAUUGACGAUCUCAUGCGCAAGAUUGACGGCACGGAGAACAAGGGAAAGCUUGGUGCAAACGCUAUCCUAGGCGUGUCACUCGCUGUGGCCAAGGCCGGUGCCGCUGCUAUGGGUGUUCCACUCUAUCAACACUUUGCCGACAUGAUCGGCAACAAAAACUUGAUACUGCCUGUGCCCAGCUUUAACGUUAUCAAUGGCGGAUCGCACGCUGGCAACAAGCUGGCGUUUCAAGAGUUUAUGCUCUUGCCCACGGGCGCUGAAAGCUUUUCGGAGGCCAUGGUCAUGGGUUGUGAGGUGUACCACCAACUCAAGAGCGUCAUUAAGAAGAAAUAUGGCCAAGACGCCACGAACGUCGGCGACGAAGGUGGUUUUGCUCCCAACAUCCAAAGCAACCGCGAGGGUGUAGAACUCUUGAUGACGGCCAUUAACCGUGCUGGCUACGAUGGCAAGAUCGGUAUUGGCAUGGACGUCGCUUCGUCCGAGUUUCUGACAAAGGACGGCAAGUACGACUUGGACUUUAAGACGGAAGGAUCUACAGAAUUGCUCUCUGGUGACGAGCUAGGCCAGUUAUACAAGGAUCUGGCAAAAGAGUUCCCAAUCAUCAGCAUCGAAGACCCUUUUGACCAGGACGACUGGACGCACUACUCGUCCUUUACUAACGCCAUUGGUGGAAAGGUUCAGGUCGUGGGUGACGACUUGCUAUGUACCAACCCCAAGCGCAUUGCUACCGCUCUUGACAAGAAGGCUUGCAAUGCGCUGCUGCUCAAGGUAAACCAGAUCGGUAGCGUCACCGAGAGCGUGGACGCCGUGGCACUUGCGCAGAAGAACGGCUGGGGCGUCAUGACGUCGCACCGCAGCGGUGAGACCGAGGAUUCGUGCAUUGCUGAUCUAGCUGUGGGUCUGGCCACGGGUCAGAUCAAGACAGGUGCUCCAUGCCGCUCGGAGCGUCUCGCCAAGUACAACCAGCUGCUACGUAUUGAAGAAGCUCUGGGUAGUGACGCCAAGUACGCCGGCAAACACUUUCGCAACCCUUCCAAGAUGUGA